CGGAAAUUUAAACUUUGAGGGGUCGUGGAGUCAAGCCGAGCUUCCGGGAUGCCCAUUCUUUUCCGAGCAGAGCGGCCGCAUCCAUCUCCGCAACAUUGAACAUCAGAUUCGACAUGUAUCCGAGCCUGAUACAGGAGCAUCAAAGGAGAAUCUGCUGAUAGAGCAAUGGAGGAUUCGCCUUCUGUCGUCCGCCCGCUCGGACGGCGAAAUCUGCCUCGUGCGUCACAUGCUUGUCAACGAUGCAGGACGAAAAAGGGAAGAUGUAAUCAGCAACAGCCUUGCUCGACCUGUAUUCGGGCCGGGUCAGCAUGUGUUUAUGGAGAAAGAAGAAAGAGAACCAAAACCACCGACAGUCGCGUGACGAGCGAAGGCCUCGAGCAUGAUACCGAGAUGCAAGCUUCCUAUCAGACUGAAGAUCGACCUGUCUCUACUCGCGAUACUGCUGCAAAUAUGGAUGAUAUCGUUUCCGAAAGCGACACGAGUCCUGUAGCAAAUGUGGAAUCUGUAAGGUCAGAUGAAACGAUGACUCCAAGCAAUCGCGAUGUGAUAGGAGAUGUUAACCAGCGCACUCAAGGUACUGAAUUCUACGGAACAUCAUCAAAUUAUGUUCUGCUCAAUCAAUUGUUCUCUCAUGCUCGGUUGCAUAGUCACGCUAGGCAUGACUCGACUUCCGCUUCAUCCGCCGCGGUUGCAUCGAUCUCAGACCAGAACCAGAAUACGCCAAAUAACAGAAUUUCUCUGGUCAAUCUGCUUGCGAACGAAGAUGAUCUGCUCCCGCCGUCAAGAGAAAAGUCACCUUCAUACAACCUUCCCUCUCCGGCGUGGCCUUCGAUCUCGAAUGUCUUGUCAGGUGUUGCCGACACUUCACCCGCUGUUCAGCAACAGGUUGCCGAGAAACGUCUCGAGAAAGUCCUCAUUCGCAGCUUCAUGCACAACUUGCACUACCUGCACCCCAUGAUCGACAGCAAUAUCUUCUACGCUCGCUACAAUGAACUUGUCACAGAAUCUAGCAAUCCUCCCGAGAGAUCUCCACAUCUAAGACACUUUUUUGCGCUUUACAACAUUGUUGUUGCUGUUGGGGCACUCGUGGCUAGUGCAGACUUGAGUGAGGAGUAUGCUCGCGAGAUCGCGGUGGUCUUACAGAGCAAGAAAGAUCUGCAAGAGCUUGCGAAGGCUCCUUUACAGAGACUGUCAAGACUCUACUUUCGGAAGUCGCGAAGUCUGCUUGGUGAUGUCUUUGAAGCAUGCUCUCUAGAAAGCGCUCAGGCCCUUUUGCUCAUGUCUCUAUACUGCCAAAACUCUCUGAAACCACAUGCUUGUUACAUGUACUGCGGUAUGGCUGUUCGAACAGCUCUUGCGAUCGGACUACCUUCCGAAUCCAUGUCGGGCACGGUCGAGGGCUGCAAAGUUGCGCGAAGAACUUGGUGGUGCAUCUAUUCCCACGAGAUAGAUAUGUGUUGCUCCGCUGGUCGAUUCGACAGCCUCGGAAAACCACGGAAGUAUCCCAUACCUUUGCCAAGGAUCAAGACAUUGGACGCAGAUUCCAAUUCUAAUACCGCAGAGCUAGAGGAGUCGAGCAUCUCUAUGAUCACUGUGAUGGUCGAUUUUGCGGUAGUGCUUCGACGUAUCUCGAAGGAGAUUUAUCACAGCUCAAAGGAUACUACCAUAUCUCAGAAAUCCUCCAUCGCUCUUACCAUAGACAACCUACUCGACGAGUGGAAGCUCAAACUUCCUUCAUGGCAUAAUUUCGAUGCCGUCAAUUUCCGAGAGGCAGAAUGGGCUGCUAAACAAAAGCUUGUCCUCCACUUGCGCUACCUUAAUGCCCGGGUCAUUCUACACCGUCCAUUUCUAUCCGAUCCAGUGGCUUUCGCCCUUCCUGAGCGACAGAAACACGUCGAUGUGUGCCUCAGUGCAGCCCGUAAGACUAUACAAGUCCUCUACGACUCAUACGCCAACAGGCAUUAUUUCCGCACUUGGUGGUAUAAUUCAACCUACACCUUAUACGCUGGCAUGAUAGUUCUCUAUGUUAUCAUGCUCGGUAACAGUACAAUACCGAACGAUGUGCUAUUGGAAGAUGUCAAGAAGAGCCGAGAUAUCCUGCGGUCGAUGGAGGAAGCAAGUGUGGCUCGUCGCAGUGCAGAUCUUCUGAGUGAGGUUCUCGAUGUUGCAAUGGCUUACACUCAACAAAAGCAGAACAACGCAUCCGCAUCUGAUGUACCGUCUGUACGUCGUGCUGAAGACGCGCCUGAGAAUCCUGUAUACCAACCAAUCUCGUCGUUGACAGUCGAUUUCGCUCAGCCAGACUUCAUCCAGGAUCCGGAGGCCUUUAUGGCAUCCUUGAUAGAUCCCAACAUACUUCAAGAGUUCACAACAGACUCUAACGACUGGGCGGGCCUCGAGUUUCCAUCUUUUCCAUUGUACGAUGCUGGACAUGGGUUACAUGACAGUGGAGAUAAUUUCUUCUCCAGAGCUGGCACAUGAUGCAAGGACAAGUCAGAUUGACAGGCGGAGCAAAUCGUUUCUCAGCCUGUCUGGUAUUUGAGGGCCCUCUUUGUACAUCAUGACCACCUCAUCAAUCUACAUCUGGUACUGGGAGAUCAUCAAUGAAUCUGACCUUACGCCCUUGGCUAUUCAUUGCUUCUUCCGCCUUGCUGCGACGCAACUUCCUGGCAGCCUCAUCAGUCA